AUGCCGGUAUGGUACAUUGACUUUGUCCUUCUGACCCCAAUCCAGGGCGAAGACAGCCCAGCUUACAUCGGAGAACCUGGGGGAGACAAAAAAACAGUCAAGCGAUGGCAAGAUCUUGAAUCAGUAUAUCAGAGACUGCGUUGGGCUGUACGGCUCAUGCUGCCGGCUCAUCGCGGAAUUGGAUGGAACUGGCAGGUCAAAGGCGUACGUUCUGAUCCAUAUGCGAAGUUUCCAAGGUGGAAGUACGUGAUCCUCCACUCAGGAUGGGCAUUAUUUUUUUACGCGCAAUCUACCGUUAUGCUUAUUGUCCUUGGCUGGGCUAUCGAGACCCAGCAACGAGCAAUGAACUCAGAAUUUUGGAAUUCUGCUACAUUAAAUGCGCUAAUCGGUUGGUCAGGCGCUACGUGGGUAUGGGACCGACUUAGUUGCGCAUACCAUAUGGCAGCGGCGCUCAGCGUCGCAGCCGGAAUUUGUUCUACCUGGGAGUGGCCGCCUUUGAUGGGAUCAUUGAAAGAUUCGUGGAGUGUUCGACAAAUGUGGAGUACAGUCUAUCAUCAGACUUUCCGCAGAAUGUUCUCCCAACCGGCAAUGCGCAUUACUCGAGCUUUAGGUUUUCGCAAAGGCACGCUUCCAUCCAGGUACAUGCAGCUUUACCUUUCCUUCGGUAUCAGCUGCAUUCUUCACCAGUUCCAGAUGUUCAACGUCACACGCAGGGACAUGGGCGAAUUCAACUUUUUCAUGUCCCAAGCUGUUGCCAUCACAAUCGAGGACUUCGUCCGGUGGGCGUGGAGAAAACUGCACGGAUCUAGUCCCAGCCGGCGCUUCGAUUUGCUCAUGGGCUAUGCUUGGACGUUUACUUGGUUCUCGUUUAGCUUGCACGUAUAUAUCAAGGGGCUAGUCGCAGCCAAUGUCAUAGAGGAUUGGCUUUUUGGAGUCGAUCCGAUCAAUUUCGGAAAAUCUAUGAGUCUGAAGGUCUAAAGUGGACUGCGAACAUGACCGUUGUGAGAACCCCAUGAUGGCGAAGACGGGAAAACGGUGAUGCCUAUCGUUUUGAAUGGCAAUGAUGGCUUUGAUGGGAAUUUGGCAGAAAGACGAAUCGAAUUAUACUUGGGAAACCGCGCUAAUGAGGAUUGAAGUAUGAUUUUGCAAAUGAAUGCACAAGAUUAAGGUGAAAAGACUUGAGACAGAGGCGUUUCAUUAGGAUGAACAAGAAAUUCGUCAAC